CCGGCUGCGGCGAGGACGGCGCAGGGUCGUUUAUGGCUCGGGUACUCUCCGUGGUGGGCCUGAGCGUUUGGGUUUCUUAAAACCGACAGAAGUGGCCUCAGCUUUAGAUCCUGCUUGUUCCGACAGCAGACUAGUCCAGCUCGCCUUGGGUACUCCUGGGUCUUAGGGUUUGGAGGGUGUUUUUUUUUCGCAGUUUGCAGCCCAGGGUCGGGGUCGAUGGCAUCUUGGGCUGCCGCCAGCCUGAGCAGAGCAGUCGCCCGACUCUACCGGGUGCCAGGUCCCGGGAUCCGCGCGGCUCCCCAGGGCGCCUCCCAGCCCGAGCCCCGAUGCUUCGGCCGGUCCCCAGGCAGGACAUUACACGUCUCCGUGGCUGCCCACGCCGGGCACAACAAAUGGUCCAAAGUCCGGCACAUCAAGGGUCCCAAGGACUUGGAAAGGAGCCGCAUCUUCUCUAAACUCAGCCUCAGUAUCCGCCUGGCUGUUAAAGAUGGAGGCCCCAACCCUGAGCUCAACAGCAACCUGGCUAACAUCUUAGAGGUGUGUCGCAGCAAGCAUAUGCCUAAGUCAACGAUUGAGACAGCUCUGAAAAUAGAGAAAACAAAGGACAUUUAUUUGCUGUAUGGAUGCCGAGGCCCUGGUGGCUCUUCUCUGCUCGUUGAGGCAUUGUCAAACAGUAGCUCCAGGUGCCAGGCGGACAUAAGACAUAUCCUGAACAAGAAUGGGGGAGUGAUGGCCGAAGGAGCACGUCACUCCUUUGACAAAAAGGGGGUGGUCGUGGUUGGAGUGGAAGACAAAGAGAAGCAAGUUGUGAACCUAGAGCGAGCUCUGGAGCUGGCAAUCGAAGCAGGAGCUGAGGAUGUCAAGGAAGCUGAAGAUGAAGAAAAGAAUUUUUUUCAAUUUAUUUGUGAUACCUCUUCACUGCAUCAAGUGAGGAAGAAGCUUGACUCCCUUGGCUUGUGUUCUGUGUCCUGUUCGCUGGAGUUCAUCGCCCACUCAAAGGUGAAGCUGGCUGACCCUGACCUAGAGCAGGCUGCUCGCCUUAUCCAAGCUCUUGGAAACCAUGACGAUGUGAUUCAAGUCUAUGACAACAUUGAGUAACAAGGCUUACGAGGCUGUGCAGAUCCUAGGCUUCCUCCUAGACCAGUGGCACCCUGGAGCCCAGGCUUUUGCAGUGAUCUCUGAGAUCAGAAGCAGGUGGGAAGCCUAGCAAUUAGGAGGCCUAUGUCGAUGGCUUGUGGCCUUGAGGCCAAGGAACUACUACACCACCAUGGGGCUGCUUAGCAGAGUGGACCAGCCAGCUAUAUGACUCUGGUCUCAGGUAGUUCACCCCUGUGGGGAACAACCCUGUCUAUGUACAGGAAGUGCUCUUAAAUAAUAACUGGCUGAUCUUGGCUGCUGCAUUGUUGUUGUGUGGCUCUUGAGUUGUCCUGAAUUUGGGUCCAGCUGUUAGGACCUCUCGAUUAACUUUCAGUUUGGUUCCACAUACUUAGUUCUCUACUCUAGUUCUGGGACUGUUGUUGAUUUAUUUCUUUUUGGUUGGCCAUAGAAAUGUGGCCCUGUCUGGACCAUUCUGUUGUCUGAUGUUUGUUUAUCGCCUAACCUUGUAUUCAGUCAUGUAGCUAACAUUUCUCAAACACCUACAACAUACUACAAACCAUAAAGCACAGGCUGUUCAAUGGUGCCCCGUGUUAGGUCCUGCUCUAAGACUAAGACUGCAAAGGGAAGACCAGGGUAGUCGGGGCUGCAGUAAAUUACCUUUAUUCUCUUUGUGUGGCCUCUGUGCCCUCUGGGAACUAGAGAGAAAAUGGGGACAGAGAGGAAGAAGUAGGGCUGAGUCAGAAGCCUAGCCCGUGGUACUUUUUGCUCCUAAGGAAGUCCAGGAGCAUCAACCACUCAUCAAGGCCUGGAGUGAUGUUUGCAUCCCUGUCAUCCACCUACUCAUGAAUUGGUUAAGUUGCUGUAUAGUCGCCUUAGGUAAAUAAGAAUGAAGAAAGCUUCUAGGAAACUCAGUGGAGUACUUGUACAAGACUUCAGUAGUUGGAAAGCAGGAGCUGGGGGGAUAUGAUUGAAGUGGAUCGGUGAAAUGACUCAAGAUGAUGGCAAAGCAUAUGCCUUCCUCUUUCAUAUCAUAAUCAUAAUCUACCUGGAAUUCAUUAAUUUCAUAUGAGGUGCCAUCCAAAUAUCUGAAUGGUGCGUCAUGAAAAUGGGAUGUUAUAUGCUGCUUUGUAAUUUAUAAUUUCAUAACUUAUGUGAUUU